GUCAAAAGUCUUGAAUACUUAGCAAUAUCCAGCAUCUACGUCUGAGUUAUACAUAUAUGAUUGGGUUAUACGUUACUUGUCAUCACAUAUUAUGCCUGAACCAGAAAUUGGGAUAAAAUUCUCCUUAACACCUAAGAUAUUCGGGUAUUUAGUGUACACGCCAAAUACUGUCAAGUGUUGAAGACUUUUGACCCAACUGUACCAAGUCCAUGCUGCCUCCUGAAAUGCAAAAACAAAUUACAGCAAAUGGAAGAAGUCCCUAAAUUUAUGUUUAUGGGAAGGAGCUUAUGAAGUGGAGUACUAGUCUUACAAGGAAGAGAAGAAAUAGAUCACAAUGCUUGAGGACGAUGACCCUAAGGAGUACCGCUGGGAGAGUGGAUACGAGAAAACAUGGGAAGCAAUACAAGAAGACGAAUCUGGUCGGCUGGAGCCAUCGGUGACUGAGAUGAUCCAGAGAGCAAAACGACGGAGACUGUUAGAUCGUGAGGCCAGUGUGAGGCUGGGAAUAAUGCGUCAUGUGUAUAUCAUCCUCGACCUCUCUCAAGCAAUGUCAGAACAGGACCUGAAGCCCACACGACAGAUCUGCACUCUGAAGAUUCUUGAAGAUUUUAUCCAAGAGUUUCAUGACCAGAACCCGAUCAGUCAGCUGGGAAUAAUUACCACUCAGAACAAGGUGGCCAAGAGACACAGUGAACUAAGUAAUAACCCACAAAGGCAUCUUGAUUGUAUCAAGAAGCUACGGGAGUUGCCUGCCAGAGGAGAACCAUCACUACAGAACUCUCUGGAAGUAGCACUAUCCUCUCUCCGCCACCUUCCACCACAUACCUCAAGAGAGAUCCUCAUUAUCUUUGCAGCUCUGACUACCUGUGACCCAGGGGAAAUUGCAGCCACACUACAGAAAGUGAAGGACGCAAAUAUUCGUGUGUCAGUGGUGGGUCUUGCGGCUGAGCUUCAUGUGUGCAAAGAAAUCAGCAAAGACACUGGAGGCUCCUUCUCAGUCAGUAUUAAUGACCUCCACCUGAAGGAGUUGAUCCAUGAACACUUAGAACCUCCGCCUGCAUCUGUAAAAAUGGAUCACACGCUCAUAAAAGUUGGCUUUCCACAUCAGAUUAAUGCUGAUGCUAAACCUGCUUUAUGCAUGUGCCACCUGGAUGAUCUCCCUCUUCUUAACACUCGUGGCUAUUAUUGCCCCCAGUGUACAGCUAAAUACUGUGACCUUCCUGCUGAGUGCCGUGUGUGUGGUCUCAUGUUAGUGACGGCACCACAUCUUGCCCGAUCAUACAGGCAUCUCUUCCCACUGAAGCACUUCGAUGAGAUAGUGGCAGAGGAGAUCUCAACUAAGCAUUGUUAUGGUUGUCUGAAGCAGUUCACUGGAUGCACUGCUGAUAAAAGAGUGUAUGUGUGUAGAACGUGCAAACAAGUGUUUUGCUUCAACUGUGAUAUCUUCCUCCACGAAACAGUUCACUCAUGCCCAGGAUGUGCAUCUAAUCCUACAAUAUCCCAGUUUAAUAGUAAUUAGAAAUAUCCCAAAAUACAGUACAGUACAGUAAUUAUAUAUCUCUGAGUUGUAAAUCAUUGAUUAUGUUCUGUAUAGUCAACCAAUGAAGAACUUCUCUUAAUACAUCUUAAUACAUAAGUCAUCGUGUGCCAUUGCAGGUUUAAUAUAGUGGAACCUCUAAAAUUCAAACUGAUUGUGAUUGAUCGGCCCUUUCUGAAUUAUAGAAUAAACCAACAGAAAUGAUGUUUACUACAGUGUAACAAUGUACAGUAUAUAAGUACUAUACAGUGUUACAGAGAAACUUACUAACUUAAAAUAAAGAAAUGCAGCAUAUAAAUACAUUAUACUAUAACUGACACAAGUACUGAUAAUUUAAAAAAUAAAUAAAUAAACAAAAGGAAAAUUAAGAGUAUGGUACAUUACAUUGGAUUUACUAACAAAGAAAUUUUCCAAUUUGGGGGUAUUUUCUGAGUUUUGAGAUUUAAAGUAAAUGGCAGAAAUCAUCCAAAUUUUACAACUUCGACUUCCAAAUAUCAGCGGUCCUACUGUACGUAUAACAAUUAGCAAACUUAAUGCUGGUGCAGCAGCAAUGUGACAUUUUAUAAGAAAAUAUGAAAAUAUAAGUUGAUUUUGGGUAUCACAUAACAGAAACAGUUGCUCUUGAAUCCUGAAUUAUAAGAAAUGAUAAUAAUUAAAAGCUCUUUGGAAACUUAAUUAAAUACGAGGCAAUGAGAAAUGUAAGAACUGAGUUAGACACUCACUCACUGAAGAUCAUACGCUUACUUUAAUGGAGAGAAAUAUACAUCUAUGCUAAUGCAGUAUAUAACACACAUCAUCCCUUAUACUGUUCUCUACUAUUUUCCCACACAUUUACCUUUUUUGUCUUCUUUCCUCAUUUUCUUCAUUGUUUAUACUGUACUGUAGUUAUUAUGACAGUUAUCAUUAUUUUCAGUAGCUAUAUAAAUGAUGGCAAAAGACAAUUGUUUCACUAUUAUGAAGAUACAGACAACAUGGAGAGUUUACCGAAAAUUUUCCAUAAUGUAUGAGGAGGAUUCUGUCUGUUGCACAGUACAGUACCUGUAUUGAUAUACAGUACAUAGUGACCAUAGAUUAUCUGACCCAUUUUAAAACUUAGUAACUUCAAGCUACCUCAAACAACAAGGGGUGCACUUGUGGAAAUCAACUAAUAUAAGAAAAAGCUUUAGUUCUUUCUCAUAUAGUGUAUAUUGAAACCAGCAUGUUCCAUCUGCAAUAUACUAAAGGUUAUUAAGUUUGGAAAUGAGUCGGAAAAUUUAUGGACACAGUGUACAGUGCAGCUCUAUAAUGGGCUUACAUUAUUUAACAGUGGACUGUCAGUGUGAAGAACUGUCAAAGAGGAAUGCAUUACAGUAUUGUACUGUACUGUGAUUUGUAUGUUUAUUUAUAAAACAUUUUUCCUA